AUGAAUAUUCAUAUCCGUCGUUAUUUAUUUCGUUUUAUUCUUUUCGUACCUGUCGCUUGGCUUUUAAUCAUUCUUAUAUUUUUGCAAUCCAACGAAAUUUCUACAAAACCAUCUGAUAACAUUAAAUUAAAAGAAAAAAAAAGUGGUAAUUAUCGCAUAGGACGCGAUGCAGACGAAGCGGACGCUUUCGGUGGCGAUGCAUUGGCACGAUUGCGUGAUCAUUUAGUACCAGUACACAACAAAUCUAAUUCUGGUGAAUCGUCAAGUGUAGUGCGAGUUAUACAUGAAAAACCUGAACAAGUAGCAGCACCACAAUUAGAAAAUCCUAAGCAAGAUCUCAAUGGGCCAGGAGAAAUGGGUAAACCAUUCGAAGUCAACAAAGAUAAAUUAACACCCGAUGAACGUAAAAAAUAUGAAGAUGGCUUUCAAAAGAACGCUUUCAAUGGUUAUGUCAGUGAUCUGAUAUCUAUCCAUCGAAGUUUACCCGAUGUACGGGAUCCAGGUUGCAGAAAACUUUCGUAUAAAGGUUUGCAAGCCACUGCAAGUAUAGUCAUGUGCUUCCACAAUGAAGCUUGGUCGGUAUUAUUGAGAUCUAUACACUCGAUACUCGAUCGAACUCCUGAACAUUUACUAAAAGAAAUCAUACUGGUUGAUGAUUUUUCUGAUAUGGAACAUCUGAAAAAACCUUUCGAUGAUUAUAUUAAACCUCUUGGCAAAGUCUUCGUCGUUCGGCAACCAAAACGUGAAGGUCUUAUUCGAUCACGGUUAGCCGGUGCUGCUACAGUCAAGGGUGAUGUGAUUGUUUUUCUUGAUUCACAUAUCGAAGCAACCGAAGGUUGGCUUGAACCAUUGAUUGCACCCAUUGCAGCCAAUCGCACAACAGUUGUCACGCCUGUUAUCGAUGUCAUUGAUGAUACCACAUUUAAAUAUAAUUAUGGUGCUGUAAGUUCACUGAGUGUUGGUGGAUUUGAUUGGAAUUUGCAAUUCAACUGGCACGGUGUGCCAGAACGUGAACGAAAGCGAAGAAAACAUGAGCUUGAACCUGUACGGACACCGACUAUGGCUGGAGGACUUUUUGCUAUUAGUAAAAUUUAUUUUGAAGAGCUCGGAACAUAUGAUGCUGGAAUGGAUAUUUGGGGCGGAGAAAAUCUUGAAAUGUCAUUUCGAAUAUGGAUGUGCGGUGCUAUGUCGGUUUUUUUUUGUAAUCGUUCAAUAGGUACACUAGUCACUGCACCAUGUUCACAUGUUGGUCAUAUAUUCCGGAAACGUUCGCCAUAUAAAUGGUUACCAGGUGUCAAUGUUGUGAAGAAGAACGCCGUUCGUGUCGCUGAAGUUUGGCUCGAUGAAUAUAAAAAAUAUUACUACGAAAGAUUCAAUUAUGAUUUAGGAGAAUAUGGUGACGUAUCCUCUCGGAAGUUACUUCGACAAAAAUUACAGUGUAAAUCUUUUAAAUGGUAUUUAACGGAAAUUUAUCCAGAACAAUUCAUUCCUGGUGAUGCAGUCGCUUCGGGCGAGAUUCGAAAUGUUGGAGCUGCUUUUUGUGUUGAUGGAAGUACUGAUCAUAAGAACUAUCACAAGCCAGUCAUCGGCUAUCCUUGCCAUUCUCAAGGUGGCAAUCAGUUUUUCAUGUUGAGUAAGCUGGGCGAAAUUCGUCGAGAUGAUGGUUGUUUGGAUUUCUCGGGCGGUAUUAAUGAUGCGAAUAAAGAUGACAAAAUUAUUGUAUAUCCUUGUCAUGGAAUGAAAGGGAAUCAGCAUUGGGUUUACAAAGAGAACAACCAAAUACAUCAUCCAGUAUCCAACUUAUGCAUGACACUAUCCGAAGAUAGUAAACACAUUCGAAUGAGUCAGUGCGAUGAUAACAAUACCCGAUUCAAAUGGUCAUGGAAACGCAAGCCGUUGAACGAAACAAACAAAACUGAAUGA